CAUGUCGCUAGUUUCCGUCAGUUACGAAUUUGUCAUGUGUAGUGUAACGUGUCUUUCGACGCCCUAGGGUUGAGCUGGCCUUUGCAACUUUUGAACAGUGGGUGUGAAACAAAGAUUUCAUAUUGCAACAGUUUCAGCGUACCUCAUUCUACACGAGAACAAGUUCGCAGUGAAGGAUGUCCCUCUACCCAAGCUUGCCCGAGGACUCCCCAACGCCUAAUUAUGCCAAGCUUGCAGAGAACCCACACUCCCUCCUACCUGCGUGUUCGGUGUGCUUAGACGAAUUCUGUGAGAAGCGCCCCCCAAAGUACCUGUCCUGCCAUCACACCUUCUGUCAGGAGUGCGUUCAUCAACUGCUGCGCGGAGGCAAGGUGGAAUGUCCGUUGUGUCGCAAGGUGACGCGAACGAUGUCUGCCGACAAGUUGCAGACUAAUAAUGACGUACUAACGAUGGUCAAAUACGGGGAUAUUGUCAGUAGCCUAUGGUGCCACGACUGCCAGAGUGUCCCCAAGCCAAGCUGUGCAACACAUCGCGUCGACAACCGCUCACCAGCCUCUACAGUGACGAUAGGACAGCAGCUGGACAGCACGCUGGAAACGUGGAAGCCGACCUUCACAAGGGUGGUGGAAACCGCACACGGCUGGUCCGUGGUGGCGGUCGACGCCACUUACUCCACCGCCGUGUCUAUCAGUGACAUGGUGACUCCUCUCGUGACCUACGUCAUUGACCGGAUCAGCUGCUUUAUCAAUUCAUGAUCUAGUCGACUUUGAUUUAUGAUAUAUAUAUAUAUAUAUAUAUAUAUAUAUAUAUAUAUGUGUGUGUGUGUGUGCGCGUGUUCAUAUACACACAGUAGCUAAUGUGUUAUAUACUCUGGAUGUGUUAUUCUGUUUCCUCGAAUGUUUUCUAUGAAUGUGUUAGUUAAGUAUUAAGCAUAGCUAUUUUCCAGCUUCUAAAGCUGAAGAUGUCAUAUUUAGUCUUUUGUAAUUGAAGAAGGGUAUAGCUAGUGUGCGUUAUGUCAAAACAUUAGGCACUGAAGAUCAUGUAGUCUUUAUGUAAUAUAGAAUAAUCCUGUGAAUAAAGAAAAAGAAAAAAGUUUGUAUAAUCUUUUUCCAUUCUAUACUGAUAUCUUUUGGUAAUCAGGCCUCUAUAGGAUCAUAUAUUCUUAGAAAAGAAGAAUUUUAAUCUCUGCUUAUUCCCUCAUCUGUUGAUAAUAUAUACACUUAAGCAUUUUGCUUUCUGUGAAAAAAAAACAAUAAAGAUUAUAUUGAACGGC